AUGUCUAUUAGUCGAGCUUUUUCUACCACUCGUCAGACUGCUAUGAAAUGGCUGGGCUAUGAUAAAGACAAACUUGUCAGCCCUUUCAAAGAAGCCGCUGUUAAUUAUGCCCAGAAUGGUGCAGUCAAGAAAGUUGGUGAAAUAAAAUCCAUUGAAAUCUUGCAUCGCAAUGAUGGCACGAGCCCCGUUCACCAGUCUCGCUACAACACCAAUGACAAGGAGCUGAUUAUCAGCGCCCGAAUUACGCCGCUUAUUGGAUCAGCAAAAACUCACCACAUCUAUGCAAAUGGCACUGGCACCAUGGGAGUGGGUGAUAAAAGGGAGUAUUCAACAUCUGCGAUGCAAACCUCCUGA